CCGAGUACCACUUAUGUGGCAUUCUUUCCUAAAACGAAUAUAGUGUACAAGUUAGACUACUAUAAAUUAGUUUGAGUUUUCGGUUAUGUUUUAGAUGGAAAAUAGAUGUGUCAAUAAUCACAAAUGGGGAACACUUACUCAUUAGAUAAAGAUGCAUACGUGUUGAUUUUUCACCAUAAUCAAUUCAAAAAUACAGGAAUGAACCGCCAGGGUGACGAAAAAGAUGUAGAACGUUUGAAAGUUUUUUUCGAUAACUAUAAGGCAAAAACUGAAUUUAAGGCCAAUCAAACUGUGAAAAAUGUGAAGGAAACGAUGCGGAUGACAAAGGAAAUGGAUUUUUCGAACUACUCAUGUUUGAUAAUGAUUAUAAUGAGCCAUGGGAAAAAACAUGGGAUAAUUGAAGCCUACGAUGGAACUUAUGACUUCGAAAAUGAUGUAGUUGAACUGAUUUUGGCGAACAACACCCUGAAGAAUAAACCGAAGUUAUUUUUUGUUCAAUCAUGCAAGGGCGAUGGGAGGAUGGAAAUUGACAGUACUUCUUACACAACGAACAAAAAUGAUAUCCUCAAGUGUUUUAGCGCAUAUGAAGGCACUGUAUCUUAUCGAGACCCUAAUACAGGAUCAAUAUUUAUUCAGAAAUUGUUUAACUUGAUUGACUCCAAUCCUAAUAAGGAAAUAAGAGAGUUGAUGAACAUGUUAAGAGAUGAAUUGGUUUCCGAAAAAAUUCCUCAGGCACCAACGGACACAUCAACAUUAACAAAAAAGUUCUAUUUCAGUGCAUUGAAAAAAAAAUCAGUCGGAAUGAUGGUAUCAAGUAUCUCUGCAACAUUUUUAGCUUUAUUAUGGUUAUGGCUAUAAGAAUAAAGCGCAUUCUGUAAC